AUGGACGUUUCAGUGAUUCAUGGAAUAUUUCUCUCAAAACUUGACAAGCGUGACAGAGUGUGCAAAGACCCUUUCAAGAGUGUUACAAAAUGUUGUGGAGGUGGAGACUCAGCUAACACCAAAGAACUUCUUGAAGAGGUGGACAACUUGAAGAAAGAAAAUUUCAAGUACGCGAGAGACUUCUAUCAAGCAACAACUAAAUUUAAUAACUCAGUUGAAGAGAAAAAGAAGUUGGAGACAGACUUGGCUGAUAAAGACAAACAGAUCAAAGACAAAGACGACGAGGUCAAGCUGCUCCAGACAAAGAACGAAGAAAUCCAAAAAGAGGUUGCGCAAAAAAUAGAGACGAUAAACGUCAUCAGACAAGAAAGCGCCGCACACCAAGUCAAUAGAGUCAAAAUUGAGGACGACUUGAAGAGACUGAAUAUCGAAAACCACAGAGUGAUGGACGAGUACGCAAAAUUGGAACAAGAGCUCAGAGUCACCAAAGAGCUUUGUGCCAAAGCACAAACGACUGUUUUACAACAUUCUCAGAGCACGAGCGCUUUGCCACAAGAAGUGAACAAAUCGCAAUCGUCCCAAUCUCUUGAUGUUUCUCCAAGUCAGCUUCCCGAAGAAGGUAAACGACAGAUCGUGGGACAUUCCAGUGACAUUUUGUGUUUGAAAUACAAUUUGAAUGGAACUGUGUUGGCAUCUGCGUCGGCGGACAAAACAGUAAAGUUGUGGGAUGUAGUAUCUGGCAAAAUCAAGUCGUCGUUUGGUGGAGUGCUCCAAAGUUUCACUGAUUUGGCAUUCAGUCCAAUGGGCGAUAUGUUGCUUGCUACGAGUAACGACGGGACUGCGAAAAUCUGGUUUUUGGCUUCGUCAAGGUUGCGACACAGUUUGACUGGGCACAACGGAAAAGUGACAUGUGGAGACUUUUAUGAUACCGAUAAAGUGAUGACCGGGUCUUCGGAUCGAACUCUGAAGACAUGGGAUGUCAACAAGGGAUACUGUCUGAAAACAACAGUGUGUUACUCGUCGUGCAACUGUUUGAUGAUGGGAGGGAUGGGCAAUUUGAUGGCGACUGGGCACUGUGAUAAUACCAUUCGGUUCUGGGAUGUAAGAAGUAAAGAAUGUGUUGAUAUCAACAGAAACUUCCACACGGGAAGUGUGUCAGAUAUAGUGAAUGUGAGAGACGGAAGAUACUUUGUGACUGUUGGCAAAGACAACAUCGUGAAUUACAUCGAUGGAACUAACCGACAAAUUGUAUCAACAUUUUCACACUCGGAUUUCUCUGUGACAAGUACAACUCGAAUUUGUUGUAGCAACGACGGGAAGUUCAUUGUUGCUGGAAGCGCAAAUGGGGACAUAUUCUGUUGGAACACCGAAACUAAGAAACUUGAAAACGUCCUCAAACCUAAACUCACCCAACCAACACGAGCCGGUUGCUAUGCUGUUGCGUGGAAUCCUGUACAGUCACAGUUGGUAUCUGGACAUGGCAACAAAAUUGUUGUUUGGGAAUUUUAA